CGCGCCAUGCCAUGGCUGCGGUGCGGUUAGCCCCGGCGGACGGGGGCUGCUCUGUGGCCCUGCCGCCCGGGGAGACCGUGCUGGGAAGAGGCCCCCUGCUCGGAAUUACAGAUAAGCGAGUAUCCAGAAAACAUGCCAUAUUGGAUGUGGAGGGUAGCCAUGUUCGCAUCAAACCGAUUCAUGUAAAUCCAUGUUUUUAUCAGUCUCCUGAGAAUGGCUGUCUUCUACCCCUGGAGGCACAUGAAUGGCACUCACUGAAAUUCGGUGAUAGCUUUUCUCUGUUGGUGGACAAAUACGUUUUCAAGGUCCUCUCUGCUCAUCCUGUGGAGAGCACAGUAAGAAAAUGUCAGGAGGCUAAUGCAGAAGAAACGCCAAGCGUUCAUCCUAUUAAAAUGUUUUCUAGUCCAUCUUUAAUAGAACCAGAAUGUUCCAGUUCUGAGGUCCAGGGAACCACAGAACUAAGAAAAACUGAGACUGCUUGCAGACAUUUGGUGCCAUCUCCGGAUGAUCGUGAAUGCAAACAAUUAAAAUGUAUUCAAAGAAAGAGAGUGCUACCAUCUUGGAUGCUGAAAGGAGACCUCAUGGUUCAGAGGCUUUCUGACCCUGUAGUGAAAGAAGGUGGUGGUAUGGAAAGAGACCAAGGAAGGGAAGAAAGUAAUAUAAAACCAUCAAAAAGAGAAAUAAAUGUGCAGAAGAGAAGAAGAUUGACUUCUGAAGAAAUUACAGAGGCUUGUAAAGAUGAAGAGCAGUAUCAAGAGGGCUGUCUUUCCAUCACUGUCCCUUACUCUCAGAAUACAUCUACAUUUCCUCUUGAGAGUACCAUGAGAAACGUGGAAGGAAAUGGCAGGACUGAAACAAAAAACCCUGGAAGUUCUAUGGAAAAAAAAAGUAGGCAGCUGAAUAGUAAAAGAUCUAAAGCAACAGGUCAGAUCUCCAGUAAAUCAGGUAGAAUUGAGGAAAUGGAAAAGAAAGAACAGAUUACUGGUUCUACAAGCCAGCAAGCUCACGGGGGCGGAACUUCUCCGAAUUAUGGUGCUGAGGAAGAGACUCAUGAGCCUGAUACAAAUUUGGAUUACAAGACUGAAAUUUCUGAUUCAACUGGAAGCUUUGAUGCUUCAGAGCUCUCCAAACAGAUCAAGCAUAAGAGGACACCUUGCAUGUAUGGAGCAGGCUGUUACAGGAAGAAUCCUGUUCACUUUCAGCAGUUCAGUCACCCUAAUGAUGAUGAUUAUCAUGAGACAGACAUCAUAACGCAGCGUAACAGCGACGACCGGCCUGAAUGUCCUUAUGGAACUGCUUGUUACAGGAAGAAUCCACAACACAAGUUAGAAUACAAGCACAGUAUACCUCCAGUAUUUGAAAGAAGAACCCGACAGAGAACUUCAGAGAAUGAAAAAGGGGCUUUGGAGGAAGACAGUGGUGAACCAAAUGAAUAUGAUCUAAAUGACAGCUUUAUAGAUGAUGAUGAUGAAGAGUGCGAUCCUACUGAUGAAGAUUCUGACUGGGAACCAAAUUCAGAAGAAAAGGAUAAUGAAGAUGUUGAAACACUUUUGAAAGAAGCACGCAGAUUUGUUAAUACCAGAAAGUAGCUGCACUUAACAUCAAGAACUUCCUCUCCAAUUAGUUAAAGCAUGAAUGUGUGACAAGGGGAACAGCUUUCAAAACUGUUUUCUUCCUCAGUUAUGUAGGCACUACAGGAAGGUUUUAGUCGGGGUGAGGGGACUGAGCAAUACCUUUUGUUUCAUAUAUAUUGUUUUGAUCUUUGUUUUCUGAAGUGGUGGUGUCCAGUGAUUGAGCAAUGAUAGAAGCUUUUUUUUUUUUAAUACAAGUUUCUCAUCUGUUUUUUUUUCCAACACUGUUAGUGUCUCAUAGUUUGAAAUACAAUUUUAAAAGUUGUUACGCUUCAUCGUUCUGUGCUUGAACUGAAUACUGGCAUUAAGAUAGCCUUUAGUUUUGCUAAAGCAUAAUAUGUAUUGUGCUGAAUGAAGAGGAGUUGCACUUCACACUUGCAUUAGCAUAAGCUAAUUCUUGACUAUCAGUGGAGAAUAUAUCUAAACCCUUCUUUUAAUGUUCUUCUGAGCUACUGUAAUCUUAGAUUUCAUUAGUCUGCUAAUAGCUUUCCUUUAGGUGUUAUUUCUUGGAUGCUUUGAUGUACAGUAGCUAUACACAGGCAGUCUAAACUUGGGAACAGGAAUAUCUAAGUGUACAGAACCUCUGGUUAUGUCCCAACACCAAUCAUGGAGUGUUUGCUCUAAUUGCAGUAUCUCUCAGACACAUGCAUCACUGGAAUUGUGUUCAGUUUUACAGCAAAGAAAAAAUUUUAAUGACUCAGGUUUUUUAUACGGAAAACAAUUAAACUUAUAAUUGGUAUACUGUAGGAAAAAUUAGAAACUCUGUCUCUGCAUGAGACUUCUAAAGAAUAUGCUGUAGAAACCUACCUUCACUGUGUUCAAAACUUUCCUGAACUUUCUGGAAAGAAACUUGGCCUCUCUUGAAUUAAACAUUUUUAAUAUGUUUCAGGGCAGAUGACUUAAGCCAUUUCUAAGAAUAUGAUUAGGAGAAAAUUGACACUUUUCUGUGUUGAUCUUGCACUUUGUUUUGAUACAUAAUACUGAAAUUAGGCAGGGGAAUCAUUCUUGUGUGCCUUUUGAUACGCUGUGAAAAUCUGUCCAAUUAUGGUGGAAUAAUAGGAAUCCAAAUAAACGCGAGCCUUUUAGGUUGGUGGCGAAAUGCUUUCUGCAGGUACACUUCAGGGAGUGCCUGUUCCAGCUCUCCUGCAGCCCAGCUGCUCGUGGAGCCUGUCCCUGCAGCGUGGACGAGAACACUACGUUCCUGGGCUUCGGAAGAAAACUUUGUAGUUGCCCCUUCUGUGUGCUGUGGCUGCUGUAGAGCAUUUAGGAGAAGAAGGAUUUUUUUCUUCUGUGCUGUCAGAACUGCCCCAGCCUGUCUUUUACUUGCAUUAAUUAUGAAACUGGUGUAGGGAGAAAAAAAAGAAAAAAAAAAGGAAGUGAACAGGCUGAAAUGCAGGAGGCUAAAGAUCAGAGGUAAGGCAGAAGGGCAACUGGAGAAGUGAAUGUGGAGCUUAACUAACACAAGAUUUGUGUUCAGUUUUGUAUUUUAAUUGGGAAUGAGAGUGAAACUAGAACACUGAAGAUCUCAUAGUGCACGUGUUAUCCUUAAAGAUUACAUAAGUUAGGUCCCUGCCUCUUUAAUAUGAUUUUGCAGUCUUGCAUUUUUUUUUUGACCUUUUCUUUUUAUAUGUAGUUGUAGUUCCAUGCUUGAGGAGGUUGAGUGCUAUCAGAAGCUGUUCAGGUGUGUACUCUGACAAUGUAACUCUGUUGCAAGAUCUUCAGAAAAUUGCUUUAAAUAAAUUACUAACUUCCGCAACCUGUUUUGGGGUGCAGGAUAAUGUUUUGGCCAAUUGUGUAUUGAAACUUUCUCUGAAAAAUGUAGAUACUGAAAAUAGAAACAUUCAUGAUUAGUGACCAUUCUGAUUCUAUUUUGAGAACAUGAGAGUAAUUGAUUUAUUUAUUAGAGCUAUUUCAUAUAAAAAGAAUCUAACUGGUUGGUUUUUGUAGUGUCAAGCAGAAACAUUCUGUGUUGUAGUGUUACACUGUAAAAGACUAUUUAAACUUAUAAUUGGUAUAUAUUUAUAUUCUAAGAAGUUACAUUAUAAUUUACUUUGCAGGUAGAAAUAGCUUUUCAUUACUGCAGGCUUCCAGUCAGAUAUGUAAUCACAAAAACAAAUCUAGAAAUUGUUCCUAGUUUUGCAUGAUAGAUUGAGUUUGUUACUGAUGCCUCAGGUUUGAAAAAUUACGUAUGACCAAAGUAGUACCUUGGAAAUGUCAAAGCUGUAAUCAAGCUGCUACAUAAUGGUAAACUGAAGUGGUGGUGAUGCCUGUUUAAGAAUAUUUUUCUGUUCGUGUAUUCUUUCCUUAACCGCAAAAUGUAUUUUUAUGCUUCUGGAUGGACAGACUUAUUACUCCAGAAGAUAGUUGAAUGUUGAUCAGAACUACUCAGUUCAAGGUACAGAGAAGAUUACUCAGAACACUUUUUCUCUUUAUUUCUUUUUUCCUUCUUUUUUUAUGUCAAGUUAUGCAGUGUUUUUUCAGUGAGUCAAGUAUGCAUUGCAGUCUAGUGGGCUGAGUGUAGAUCAAAAUACGCAUGAACUUAAAUACAUAUAUGGGUUGAGUGAAAGUACUUGGAGGUCAAUUUUUGGAGUUAGUUACAUGAUUAAACUCUCUCUGACUAUAGUUAAUUAUGUAAAUAUGUUAGUGCUGCUGCAGGAGGAAUGGCAGGAUCCAAUACAGAGAAGCGAGAGUGCAUCGUGGAUGUACCAUCUAUCUCAGGACAGCAGUUGCUACAUCAGCUUUGGAGGUGUAUAUUUAUGAUACUUUUAAUUCAUAUUUCUAAAUAGGCUGAGCCUUGACUGUAUAUACCUUUACGUUAAUGAAAUUAGGAGCAAUUUAGUUGCCAGGGUCAAUUUAGAAAUGAUCUGGGGAUACAGAGCAAGUACCAGCACAAGCUCAUCAACCUUACUAUGCUAGCUAUUGGAGUUCGGUAGAAGACCCGUUGAAGAGGCAGGUGCUCCUAGGUUUCUGCGAUGUCGUAGCUGCGGAUCAGUGAGAGGAGGCACGUGCUUCAGCAUUAUGUGGCAGAGCUGGUGCGGCCUAUGCAUCAUUGAGACAAAAACUGUGCCAAAACAAUUCAGUCCUUAGCCACAGUGACUAGGUGUCUAAAGCAGACUGCCAUAAAAUUAGACAAAGCUACAAAGCUGUUAACUUGCAGCAUCUCAGGUAAGCUUUUUGUGUGCAACUGAAACCUAAUAAAUAGGCUGUGCAGAUGACUAAUGGGGUCGUGCUAAGCAAUGUAGUUCAUGUAUCACUUAGGUUUGGGCUAGAAUAAGACUCCAGUACAGCUAGGGUAUGUGCCUCCUCUCUCGUUCUGAGCCUCUGUGGUGCCGUACCAUAAAAUUGUGGGAACAUCCAUGUCUCCUACCAACCUCUAGCAUUUAGCAUAUCAAGGAUGAUCUUGUGGUAGUACUCAUGUACAAGUUCAUAUCUAAAUUGAUCCCUCACAAUUAAAAUGUUCCUAACUUCAUUACUGUGCCUAUAUCCCCUUUGCUACAUACCAUUCAUUUUCUGCUGUUUCCCAGAUGCCUAACUUGUAAGCUGCUUUCAGAAAGUCCUUACAGAAGCAUAACUGCUUAAAACUCAAAGUUAGCUCGUUUUCUGGUUAUUGUCUUUAAUCUCCAUUUUUUGAAAUGGCCUGUCAUGCCAGGUGGGACUGGUAGUUUGAUAGGAACCUUUCCAGUACAUAAGGAUCUAUGCGUCUGAUGCUGCCAGCUCUCUGGCAGGCUCUGCUAUGGAGCUGAUCUGCUGAUAAAAACAGUCGUGUUUGUAUAAACCUUAUUCUUUUACUGAUGUUUUUUUCCAAAUAAAUUAAUGCUCAAGUACUGAGUACAUGCUGUUCUACUGCUCACAUUGCAUGAUGCAAACAUGCUAGGCUUUGGUGUGCUUUCUUAAAUCAUAUGGUUCUUGGCUUAAAAAUAUUGAUGGUUA